AUGGGCAAGAAGAGCAAAAAGAACAAGAAGUGAGUCUAGGCGACGACUUCGCUCCGCCCUCCAAGCUGCGUGAUGGCUGACCGAGGUGUUUGUAUCCGUUGCAGGUCGACGGCGCAGUCGUGGUGUCAGUCGCACGCUUGACCGCACUCACCUCCCACACCGUGUUGCGUGCCACACUGACCCAGCCCUUGUCACAUGCAACAGGCUGGUACUGUGAUCGUACGUUUGAAGAUGACAAGGUCCUGCUGUUACAUCAAAAGUCCAAGCAUUUCAGGUGCGUUCAUCCCAUCCCAUCCCACCUUUGCGCUCCUCCCAAGUCUAAAUACUGACGUUGAAGAGGGGUAUGGCGAUACGCAGAUGCCCGCACUGUCCUCGUCGAUUGAACACGGCCGGUGGGUUGACGGUUCAUAUCGACCAGGUGCACAAGCUUGGUCAGCCCGACAAGUACGUGCCUCGAUCUUCCCCCUUCCCCUCCCCCCUCCCCCCUCCCCCCUCCACGAUCCCUUUGCCAUGUGGCGCUGCGGGCCAGAACGGAUUCUUUCUUCUACUUGGAGAAAUGUGUGCUCUGAUGCGGCAGGCCAUACAAUCGAGCUGACUGGCCUCGGCGCUCACGCUCUGCAGGAUCGAGAAUGCGCUUCCGGGUCGCGACACCUUCGAGGUCGAAAUCUACGGUAUGGAAGGUAUCCCCGCCGCCGAUCUCGCAGAGUGGAAGAAAAAGCAAGAAGAGGAACUGGGUGUCACGGCCGAGCAACAACGGUCCAAGAAGCCCAAAUACGACCAUCGACCCUUGUCCGCAAGCGAGAUCCGAGCCCAACUCGCCCAGCACAAGGCCCUCAUGUCCGGUCAACCGUUGCCUCCCAUGCCGGGGCAGUACAUGGCACCACCUCCUCAAAUGCAAAUGCAACCGCAUGAGCAACCGAUGAUGCCGCAGGGCUUCUUCAAUGGCCCCUCGUACGGAGCGCCGCCGCCUCAGCACCAACCGCCCCACAACUACUCGGGCGGCCCACCCCCGAACUUCUCUGCGCCCCCACCCGGCUUCAUCCCGCCCCCGCCAGGGAUGCCAUUACCACCUCCUGGGUUCCCCGGCUUCCCACCUGGACUCCCCGCACCGCCCCCUGGCUUUGUCGCCCCUCCUUCCGGGUUCCUCCCCCCACCCGGCUUCUCCGCUCCCCCCUUCUUGCCUCCCCCACCUGGCAUGCCCUUACCCCCAGGCAUGCCGAUGCCGCCACCUUUCAACCCUGCCCUCGCGACGGUCCCCAUCCCGAAACCCAAAGAAAGAUUGCCGUCGUCGGCCGUCGAGCUCAAGCCGGGCACACUGCUCGUCUAUGGCGACAACGACGUCUCGAUCGAGGAGAAGCGCGCGCGUCUGGCGCAGUACCGCGUCGAGAUCCCAAAGAACGCGCCAGAGCAAGAGGUGGGAGGUAUCACCACCGCGGUCAAUGAAGCGAGUAGGAAUACGGGCGAGACGAGGCCGAGGGAAAGGGCUGCGGAUCUGAUGUAG